AUGAUCAAGAAUAACCCGAAGCACGGGGCUAUUUCUGCAGAGCGCCACGGCAUACCGAAAUUCGCCGUUGUGGAAGUGUCUAUUGCACGCUUCACAAAUGACGGACCGAAGUCUUUCUGGAAACACAUUUUGUCUGGUACAAUAUUCAAAACCUGGAUACGAGCUACAAUAGCUGUCCUACUUCUCUUUGUGGUGGCGGCUAAGUUCACCUCUACCCUUGUUGUCACAGAUCUCCGAGAGUCACGGGCCGGCUCGUUCGACCAAAGUGUGAGCUUUAGGUUUACCUACGAGUCCCUUAAAACAUCAGUUUCUACACCCUUGCCUCUCAUAGGGUCUGCUUACGACUACUGGGUCAACAAACCUUCAUCGUCCGAGAUAUUUGCGGAGUAUUGGAAACCUGGCAAGUCCGGGGAGGACAUCGACGAUACGGGACCGACCGUCAUAGCCCUCCUCCCAAUACCCCUUCAAUCUGAGAGGGAAAUCCUCAAGUCCUUCAAAGGUAUGGCUCGAGUUAUCGACACCCGUGUCUAUUCCACCGGCUUCAGAUGCCCAAUCCUCGAUGCCCCGGAUUACUUCCCUGGGCAGCAGAAAUGGAUCCUCAGCAGCGUCACAGGCGGUGUUGCCCUCACUCCGCGAUUGACCAAUGCUCCCUUUUUUGAAGACUCGGAUUUGAUCCGUGGAAAUGCCUGGCUGUUGAUCGAUACCGGGUCAAUGCACGAGUCGGAAUCUGUCUCUCCGGAACGGUGGACAUCUAAUUCUACGUGGGAUCGCCUGAAUUCAGCUGGGUCUGGUCCCUGGCUGCGGCAAUGGAGUCGGGCUACAGCCGCGGACGGGAAGACAGAAACAGACUACCAGUUGCAGAUGACACUGUGUUAUAGCAACCGUGGAGCUUCCGACAUCGAGCACCUCAAUAUCACGGCAUCCACUACUUCCGACCAUACUGAACCGGUCUUUCGAUACGAUGCGAACACCAAUCAAUACGACACAUCUGAGGUUCGGAACCAGCUUGGUGCUGCCGGUCGCAAAGGAGAGCGAAACAAUACCGAGCGAGCGAUACUCACCAUUUCGGAACACGACAUGAACGCAUCUCUUGCAGCGAUACAGGGGAAGGCUCUCAUACCCCCCUACAUCAACAAUUUAACGGGAGACUGGCUACAGAAGUUCUUGACCCUUCCAGGAGGCAAGGAUCUAGAACUUUGCCCGUUGUGCAGUCCAGAUCUCAUCCUAUUUCAGAUUGCCGAUUCUCUUGUCUCUCAGCUCUUUACUGACGUCUUUAACAUUAUCGACUCUCCGGCGCUUGCAAUACAAGCAUUCAACACGCCCCUCUAUAGACUCACAUACUAUGGUCACAUUUCUGCGUUUGCACUGGCGACUGAUAACACAACCAUUACCCGAAUUCGACCGUGUUCGGGCACCAGAGAAACGAUGGGGGCUGAUAGCAGUGCUGAUCAUCAUCGGUGGCAACUUGCUUCUCUUUCUCAUUAUUACCGUAAUAUUCCUGGAAGCAACUAG